UCCUGUUUAACUUUCCUUAAUUAUUUAGUAUAAAAAGAUUAAUUAAAUAAUUUUGCACCACAAAUAGAUUGGAAGCUGUUUUCGACAUGUUUUAUAUAUUAGUGUUGUGUGUUUUGUCCUACAAUUCUGUAACAGAAUGUAUGGCCAAUGGAGAGUUUCGUUCGGACUACACUUACUACAACAAAGCGGGGGGUUGGCUCAAGUUACACAUGGUGCCAGCUAACUGGCACGAUGCAAGACUCAGGUGCCAACUCGAAGGAGCUGUCCUAGCGUCGCCAUUGAAUCCAGAGUUAAAGUCAAGUAUGAUUGACAUUAUGGGAAAAUUCGAUCCCGUGUAUACUGGAAUUCACUCUACAUUCUCCAAGGGAGAUUUCUUUUCUAUAGAAGGUGUCCCUUUGUCUGCAAUUCCUGCUGUUUGGAAACACUACUACGUAGACAGCUACGCUGAUGAUGAAGGCUGCAUCAUCAUGCGUGGCAACGAACACAUGGGUGACUUCAAGUGCUCCAACGUCAACUAUUUCAUCUGCUACAAGAGAGCUGACAACAAAACGAUCACACAGAAUGAGUGUGGCACUACUGACAGCGAAUACAAACUGUCAACGGUAACCGGGAGCUGCUACAAGUUCCACCGCACUCCACGGACCUGGUCACGAGCGUACAUGGCCUGCGCCGCGGAGGGCGGCCACCUGGCCAUCAUCAACAGCCAGGCAGAAGCCACCGUCCUCAGUGGAAUCUUCCGUUCUGUUCCCGCUAACGACCUCACCAAGAUCGUCGGUGGUACAGUUACUGUGGCGCAUAUAGGUUUCCAUGACUGGGGCGAGCACGGAGACUGGCUGACGAUUCAUGGUCAAACCCUCAAGGAAGCUGGGUACAAUUCCUGGUCCCCCGGUGAACCAAACAACGUGACCACCGCCCAAACAGGGUGGGUUGGGGAAUACUGUGGAUCCAUUUACACUAGUGGGCUGUUGAAUGAUAUCUGGUGCGAUUACGCCGUCGGAUUCAUCUGCGAGAAGGACCCAAGUAGCUUGGCUGUGAAAUUCCAACAAGAUAACUAACCCUUACUCUUAACCCUUCGAAGCCGAAUGCGAAAUAAAUUCAUCAUCAUCAAUUUAAGAGCGACGCUCUUGUCGGUGUAGCAUUCUCCAUUCCAGUCUAUCAAAGGCCAAUUCCUUGACUUCCCUAUAAGACACGACGUCAACCUUUUCUUUAAUCUGUUCCACGUAAGCUCUUCUUGGUCUUCCCCUUCCUCUCUUUCCUUCUAGCUUUCCUUCUAUGAUGUUUUUAAUAAAUACGAAAUAAAUUAGGGCGAAGUAUUCCACCAAGGCCGCGCUCUUGUAUUUAAAACUAUUCGUAUAUCAUACAUAUAAUAUAAUGAAUCAAUCAAUCAAUCUUAUUCUGUGGUGUGGGUUGUGAGGUAGAUUACCAACCUCAUCAACCCUGGUGUCAGGGUUACUAUUGAGCCGACAAAGGCCCCUGACAUGACUCAUGUAUCGACUACGUACAUACAUCAGUAAAAAGUAACCGGGACCAACGGCUUAACGUGUCUUCCGAAGCACGGAUCGUCUUACUUUCGGACAGUCAGGUGAUGAGCCUAUAAUGUCCUAAUCAAACUAGGGAUCACGAAAUGAUUCAAUCAAUCAAUCAAUAACUCUUUAUUGCACAAAAACAUAAACUGAGGACAUGUACAGACGAACAAAUGUAUAAUUACAAUGCAUAAUAAUAAAGUUUUAGAUUCUGAAAAAAAAAUAGUUAAGGAUCUCCGCUAGUCAAAAUCGCAUUCAGACGAUAUCAUGAGUUUCACUCGAUAAAAAACCAGUCACUUUUUAAAUAAAUACCUACCUGAGGUAAA